AUGGCUACCGACUCGCAAUCCAUCGAGGUCGUCGUCCGCUUUUCCGCCUCCCUUCCGGAUGUCAUCCUCCCCAUCGUGUCGCCGAGCUUGACCUCGACGGCGACGCUCAAACUGUCCCUGCGACAACACCUGCCGCCUCCCGCCAACCAUGCGCGUCUACGAUUGAUCCAUGCGGGCAAAGUUCUCCCCGACACCGUUGCCUUGUCCACCAGUCUUGCCAUCACCCCACCUCCGCAGAGUGCCAAAGCGAAGGGAAAGCAGCCGAUCCGCGAUACUCGACGCAUUUACAUCCAUUGCUCCAUAGGUGAUGCCCUCCCCGCCUCCGACAUCGAUGCCGAAGCGGCAGCUGCCCAGGCCGCCGACGCUGCAAUCAGUCAGCAUACCAUGGAGCAUGCAAAAACGGCAACAGCACAGCAGGCACCGUCCAAUACCACGACGCCUGCGCCCCAGGGCUUCGAUCGUCUGCYGUCAGCAGGCUUUACCCAACCCGAGGUCACAGCUCUUCGCAGUCAGUUCCUUGCGAUUCAAUCGCACUCACAUACUCCCGAGUCCAUGCCGACUGGGGCUGAACUGCUGGCGCUGGAAGAACGCUGGCUGGAUGGAUCAAGCAAUCCCUCUGCGGAUACUCCGGCUUCGGAUGAGACGGGUGCAUUGGAAGAUAUCUUGUAUGGCAACCUCGCGGGCUUCUUCUGGCCCGUGGGCGCUGCCUGGCUGCUGCGGGAGGAAGGUGUCUGGUCUCGAAGGAGACAGCUCGCGGUGCUCACGGGUUUCAUGGUCAAUCUGCUGUUCGGAUUCUUGAGGGUCAUACAGUGA